AUGUCACUAAAUACAAGAACUUUGUUAAGAACAAUUUGUAAGUAUGUGUAUUACGCUGGAGCAGGGAACUGUUGGUACGAGGAUAUCUACCAUGAGACUAUCCCUUACUAUAUGUACAGCGUAGUUACAUUCUCAAUUUACACCACCAUGAUUUUCCUUGAAAACCUCGCCGCAUUGUUCGGGAACUUUCCCGGAGUGGAAAAGAAUUCAGCAGUUAUGUUCGCUGCUAUACACAACAUUGUUCUCACUAAGAUGUUUCUCCUUUUAUAUCAUAAAAAAUCUAUAAGGAAAUUAAACUAUGAAAUGGCUAACGUCGGAGCGAGUUAUGAAGAGGAUUAUGUUAUGCGAAAACAAUAUCGUAAAGCGACAGUUGGUAUAUGGCUGUACGUCAUAUCUGUUUACCUGUCUCUCUCAGCGUAUGGGAUCGAAAGUGCUAGAAGGGCGAUCGUUGAAGGGGCCCCUUUUUAUACCGUGGUCACAUAUUUACCAGUUUACGACGACAACUCCGCUGUAGCACUGUUUUUUCGAAUAUUUUUCUACAUAACAUGGCUGUACAUGAUGCUACCGAUGAUGUCUGCCGACUGCAUGCCAAUCACGCAUUUGAUCACCAUGACAUACAAGUUUAUUACUCUGUGCCAUCAUUUCGAACGGAUACGGUCAGAGUUCGAUAGUAAUAUAAAAGUAAUGAACAAACGGGAAGCAAUAGACAAACUAAAAGCUGGAUGUUUGGAAGGUAUUCGGAUGCAUCAGAAACUUCUGUAG